UUUCUUAUAAACUCCUCCUCCAAAAUCCCCUAAGUUAAGAGCGCUUGCUAGAAGAAUAACAUCUCAAUUAAUUCAGUGAAGUGAAAAACCCACAGUCAAACAAAGGAGAGAAUAAAUCAUUCCAGGCUAGAAGCAAAACAAACACUAAUUUGCUGAACAAAAAGCAGGGAGCUGCCGGAAUGAACUAUAUUUACAACUCCACUGAGAGCGAAGAAGAGGAUGACUAUGAUUAUGAAGACUACUUUGGCAGAUGCUCAUGUGGUAACUGCGUCUUUAUAAGGGACCUUCAUCGAUGUCUGUGCUGCAUAGACAUACCAGAGAUGCUGGAGAAAACAGAGAAUGAUUAUGUGUCCUGUAUAACUUUACACCCAGCAUUCAAUGCUGUUGUGCUUAAUCCCUAUGUACUGGAAACAGCUUUCUGUGGCUAUCAUCCAAACCAUGACUUUGAUUUUGACUAUCGGUCUUACAGAUACACUGCAUAUCGGCAGCUUGUGAGAUGGUGUUGGGGUUUCCUUGGGAAGAACAAAAGGAAGUUGCUUCCAUCAUGUGCAAUUGCCAAAAUACGCAAAACCUUCCCCCGGUACUAAUAAACUGGGCCUCAUUCUCGAGGAGCUGUAAUGAAAAGAAAAACCUCCUCAACUACUAUCAUUUUAUUAUUCAGCCUUCCAGCUUAUCUAGAUAAGUGCAAGCUUGCAUGUCAAUAGUGUAUCCCACGGGAAGGGCCACAAUGUAUCAAGGACUUUCGCAUUUUCUUUGUUGGUUUGAAAUUAAAAAAAAAAAAAACACAACA